AUAAUCGAUCUUGGCUGUGGAAUGGGAAAUGUCCUCUCACAGCUAAGGAUGGCAUAUAGCUGCUGCACCUAUGGCAUUGAGAUGCAAGACAAAUGCAUCAAAGCUGUGAAAUUGAUGAUAUGUGAAGCAGGGUAUUGUAUCAAUUUCUGGAGGGCACUGAUGGUUGUCAAUUCUAUCACAAUUGAAUAUGGAAACAUGCUUGAGAAUCCUAACCUCUGGCAGCUCAUUUCAGAUGCCAAUGUGGUAUUUGUUAAUAACUUGAUGUUCAAAGCCACACGUAAGUCAUUAUCUGUUAUCAGGAUAAAAGAAAUAAUGUUCCCAUAG